GGCUCGCAGAAUUUAUUUUCUCGCGACUACCCGCACCCUUCAUCUCCUCGACUCUCCCAGCAGAGCUUGGAUUUACCUCUCCACUCCCUUCUUUUCUUUUCAGAGUCGCCUUUGAUUAGACAGUCAAGAUGUCGAAGGAAACCCGCCAAAAUGUCAUGGGCAUGCCGCCCUUCAUGGUGGACUUUUUGAUGGGUGGUGUGUCUGCCGCUGUCUCGAAGACCGCCGCUGCUCCCAUCGAGCGUAUCAAGCUCCUUGUCCAGAACCAGGAUGAGAUGAUCAAGGCUGGCCGUCUCGACCGCCGCUACAACGGCAUUGUCGACUGCUUCCGCCGUACCACCGCCGAUGAGGGUGUCAUGGCCCUGUGGCGCGGCAACACUGCCAACGUCAUCCGUUACUUCCCGACCCAGGCGCUGAACUUCGCUUUCCGUGACAAGUUCAAGAAGAUGUUCGGCUACAAGAAGGACAAGGAUGGCUACUGGAAGUGGAUGGCCGGUAACCUGGCCUCGGGUGGUGCUGCCGGUGCCACCUCGCUCCUCUUCGUCUACUCCCUCGACUACGCCCGUACCCGUCUUGCCAACGACGCCAAGUCCGCCAAGAAGGGUGGCGAGCGCCAGUUCAACGGCCUGAUCGACGUCUACCGCAAGACCAUGGCCACCGACGGUAUCGCCGGUCUGUACCGUGGCUUCGGUCCUUCCGUCGCCGGUAUCGUCGUCUACCGUGGUCUCUACUUCGGCAUGUACGACUCGAUCAAGCCUGUCGUCCUUGUCGGCUCUCUCCAGAACAACUUCCUCGCCUCGUUCCUGCUCGGCUGGUGCGUCACCACUGGUGCCGGUAUCGCCUCGUACCCUCUCGACACCGUCCGUCGUCGCAUGAUGAUGACCUCUGGUGAGGCCGUCAAGUACAAGAGCUCGUUUGAUGCCUUCCAGCAGAUCGUUGCCAAGGAGGGUGUCAAGUCCCUCUUCAAGGGUGCUGGUGCCAACAUCCUGCGUGGUGUUGCUGGUGCUGGUGUGCUCUCGAUCUAUGACCAGCUCCAGGUCCUCCUCUUCGGCAAGGCCUUCAAGGGCGGCUCCGGCUAAAUUGCCUGAACACCUGUACAGCAUCCUCGAUGGUGAAGGCAGUUAGGGAUUAAUCACGGUUGAAGCAGCUGGCUUGGCCGAGGUUCGGGUUUGGGGGCGUUAAGCUGGGAGACGGGGUGGAUCCAUCGUGACAGGGGCAGAUGCUCCUGCACGUUGGGUAUCGCGGGACACAAAAACGGGCAUGUCUGGCGUUACUGGGACGCGGAUGAGCCGGUCACCCGCUGUAAUUUAUACUCUUGAGCCAUUCCCGGUGUAUUCCUUGCUACGGUCUCGCGUGGGGUCGCCGUUGCUUCGCAUGGGUGUUUCCUUUUGUCGCAUGUGAUUGAUAGAUCCCAUAGUUCUGGCCAAUUCACAGGUGCUUUUCUUAGAGACGACUGUGAUGUCA